AUGGACUUCCAGAACCGUGUUGGGUCCAAGCCUGGGUCAGGCGGCGUAGCUUCCGAGUCGCAAAGUAAUGUUGACCGCCGUGAGCGACUGCGAAAGCUUGCACUUGAGACCGUGGAUUUGGCUAAAGAUCCUUACUUUAUGAAAAAUCACUUGGGCACGUACGAAUGUAAACUCUGUCUUACGUUACACAAUAAUGAGGGCAACUACCUUGCGCACACUCAGGGUUAUAAAGUAACCAAGCAACGAGACCCUGAUUCGAGCGCUAGGAUUCUUUUGUUUCAGAUUGCGUACCCGGAAAUUGCAGACAAAUUACAACCACGUCAUCGAUUCAUGUCUGCCUUUGAACAGAAGGUCGAGGUGCCAGAUAAAAACUGGCAGUAUCUGCUCUUUGCAUGCGAACCGUACGAAACUGUGGCAUUCAAGAUUCCUAACGUUGACAUUGAUAAGAGCGAAGGCAAAUUUUUUAGCAAUUGGGAUAAGGACGGGAAAACCUUUACGCUUCAAUUGACAUUUGCUGUCGGUGAUGCCGUUAAGAAGCAACCAGCACCACCUCCUCCUCGUCCACAAUUGCGGUAUUUGUAG